GUUAAAGGUUAAAUAAAAAAAGUUAAAUAUAUAUAUAUAGUACGUAUAAAAAAUCUUUUACACAUCUGUAUAUAAUGUCAUUACAUUAUAUAGAAAUUUUAUUAUAAUUUGUAUCAUAAAUAUUAGAGUCCCUAGCCGGAAUUGUGAACAUCAAACUGAACGCCGCAUAAACGUGUUCCUUGAUCGGCAUUCACAAAUACAAAUAAUUUUAAAACAAAUAUUACUAAUUGUCAUUUUAAUUACCAUGGACGUUAAUCUUUCGGAUUUGAAAACAGAUGAAACCGCUCAAGAGGAUAUUUCCAAUGUAGACAAAUUAACGCAGUCCUAUUUAUUGUUAAAAAAGAAAAUUGCUGGUACUCAUGAAUUAAUUAAAAAAUAUAAUGAUAAAACAAGAGAAUGUGAACGAUUAAAGCAAGAGUUAGAUAAAACAAAUAAAGAUAUGAAAGAAAUAAAAUAUAAUUACAAUUCUGCUUUAGCAAAAAUUAUUAAAUUGGAACUUCAAAAUACAGAAUAUAAAAAAAGUAUUGAAACUCUGACUACACAAGUAAAUGAAGCUAAAGUCAGGGCAGCAGCUGAUCAGCAGCAUAUACAACAAUUAAUAUGUAAAAUAAAGGACAUAGAAGAAGAUCAAAAUCACAAGAUAAUACAAUAUGACUUAGAAAAAUCCUCACUUCAAGUAAGAAUCAAGGAAUUGGAACAGGAGUUAAAAAAUGUAAAAAAAUCCUAUAAUACAAAAAUUAAAAAAAUGGAAAAGAAAAUUUCUAUAGGAAAUGAAAAUAAAGCAAAGUUACGGGAUAUUGGAACUAAUACAUUGACUAGAAACAUGAUAAUGCAAAAUCCGGAAGUCGUAGAUAAAAGUGUAUUAAGCGACAAUUUUUAUAAUAUCAAGGAUGCCUUAUAUCCUAUAUUUUGUGACAAUUGUGAUAUUCUGUUAGAUCCACCUCCCCUUGAGAAAAUAUGCCAAAUUAUGAGCAAUUCAUGUCCAAAACUUAUUGAAAAGAUUUCAUCUCCACCAAAAAGAUUUACAUCUCCACCAAAAAGAUCUCCAUCUCCAUUACAACCUUCAAUAGAUAUAAAGAAUGGACAACAAUGUAAAACUGAAACUUUGUUAACAUUAUCGGACACUUCUUCGCAGCAUUUACCGAAUCAGAACAAUCGUGUAGAGUUUAUUCCAACAAGUCUAUUAACGCCCCAUACGAUUUCGUUAGGUCGCCCGGAUUAUUGUAAUACUUUUCCUCCGACAUCAAAUUUAAUAGAUCCAAAUACAUACUAUAUCGGAUUGACGCCACUUAAUCCGUUAUCAAGGACAGAUCCGAAUACAACUAAUCAGGAUAAUCAUUGUGAGAAUAAGGUAACGUCUCCGUUAUCAUUUAGGUUGUUGCAAAAAAAAGUCAAUACGUUGGAAAUGAAAAUGGAAAUGAACGAGAAAUUAAAUAAAGAGGGCUUAAAUCAAAACAAUAGUUGUUGUCAACAUCAUCAUCAUGCUUGUAGUAUGUACAAUAUGAAUAACUCUAUACAAUUUAAUUUCAAUAUAUUGAGAAAACUGAUGGACGCUUACAGAAGAAAAGAAACAAAAAAAUUGCAUAAAACAUUGAGGAAAUUAUCUCGAUUAAAAUGCAAAAGACUACAAAAUGUGUAUACUGGUUUUUGGAAAAUUGAAUCAAUUGUUAACAAAACUGAACGAACUUCUCUUAAGAAAAAGUCCAAGAAGUGCAAAUAUCGACAUUCGUUGCUCAGAAAAUCUGAUAAUUUGUUACAUAAUACAGAAGACAUAGAAGAGUUGACUGGUGGUAGUAAAACAAAUAUUAAUGUAAAGUCUAAAAGCGUAUUACGUAUAAGAAGAUCUAGCUUAUCUUCAAAUUCUGAUCAUAUGAAUAGAAAUGAAGCUGAAACAAAAAUAGUAGUAGGAGGUGAAACAGAUUUAGGAAUAUUAUCGGAUUCUAUUGAAUCUGGUAAACUGAUCCGAUCUGAAGCAAAUACGGACAUAUAUUCGGCACUAACAGAGCAUAAAAGCGCGACAGAAAUAAAAUUUUCUAUGGAAAAUGAAUCAUGUUCUAUUGAGCAUAUUAAACCGGUAAACGAAUCCCCGAUAAAACCAAUUAAAAAAACUAAUACUAUAAAUACAGACAUGUCAGAAACGCCACAAUCUGAUAGCUUAAUACCUCGGACUAAAAGAAAUAAUUUUAAUACUCACAAUUCUACAAAGGAAAGGAAAGUAAGUGAAAGCGAAUUUAGAAAAUCCGUUACUCGAUCAAAGUUGAUGAAGAAAAUACAAAAUUUAAAGAAGAAUAGUAAAAUCAUAAAAACAUGUCAAAAUGUGUUGCAACAUCAAGAUAUGCACAAUUAUGAGCAUGAAAAUGGUAAUAUAUCUGAAAAACAAAAAGGUUUAGACAAUAAUUCUCAAGUAGUCAGAAAGGAUGAUUGUAUACCUAAAAAGAAACCUCGCAUUGCACACAUACCUAAGAACGCAAUGAUUAAACAGAAGAAAUUAAACGAUGUUCCAGAGUUCAAGAAACAAUUAGUAAAAGAUUUAGAAAAUGCCAACUGUACUGAUUUAAAUGAAUUGAAAGGGGAUAAUAAUGAGUUACAAAAAAUUUGUGGUAAUAAUAUACAAAAAACUCAAUUAAUUUCUUCGAAGGCACAUUCUAGCAGUACUGAAAAUAUUGUAGGAGAUCCUGUUCACGAAAUACCAGUUACCGAUAUUAAAAAUUUAUCAAGUAAUGUAAGAAACAAGACACAUGGACAAGAUACAAACAUAACAUUCAAAACAAAUAGUAAUUAUAGUCUAUUUGAUACUACACCCAAUACUAAUUCUUUGGGAGGGAUAAUCGAAUUGGAUGAGAAAAAGACUGAUUUGAAUAAGAAUGACGAGCAUUUAAAACAUGUAUGUGAAAAUAAUUCUCUAGAUGUAAAAGAAAUCAACAAAACAGAUAGUACGAGCAAACAAGAAUUAUUAAAUUUUAAUGACAAGUCUUCCACUGAUACUUCAGAGAUAAAUAAUAUAAAUGAAAGGAAUUUAUGCACUGAAGAAAUAACAUGCACGAAUGUUUGUAUUACACAGGAAAAUUCUGCUAUAGAACAUGAACUAAAAUCGUACUGUCUACUUAAAAUAUUGCAAAAACAUAUUAAUAAUAAUCCAACUAAGAAGAAUAAGAAUAUGCAUAAUAAAAAGUUUUUACAUAUCGGUCUAAUGGCAGAUAAAUUCGUGAGUAAACAAUUGCAAAGGUUGGUAGAUAAUGAUUGGCAGAGUUCCAUACAUUGGGAUGUGAUUGAAAAACUGAAAUUUACCUGUAGUUCUCGUAUUAUAGCAAAAGGAAUUAUAGAAUUCUUAAGCACAGAACAGGAACAUAACAAAAAUUUAGAUAAUAGUUAUACACCACCUGCACCGUUAAUGACGAAAGCACAACAAAGAAUAGCAGCAUUAUUAAUUGACCUAGAAAAAUCAGUUCCCACUGUAUUUCAAUUUGUUCAAGUUGGCAUAGAGUACAAACUUUUUAGACUUAAUCAAGCAAUAGAGAGAUAUGCAGUAGAAUCUCUUGCUAGAAUGUAUACGGUUUUAGCACGAAUUAAGAAGGAUCGAGAAAAAAUGAGGAUAUUUUGUUGCGAUGCUUUGUAUUGUUUGGGAGUUCAUGCAAUACUUAUUUUAUAUACAGUAUUCACUUCUUGGCCAGAAGUAUUUCCAAAUAACGAAACAAGUACUAAUAGAUUAUUGCCAAAAUGUAUGGCACAUUUAAUUAUGGCGCAGCAAGCUAUGGACUAUCCUAAACUUUAUGCCUUAAAAAAUUUGGUGUCAAUGUUCUACAAAUAUCCAAUGGGAACAUUAUCGAAAGAUUUACUCAAAGAACUUUUGACUGCACUUCAAGAAAGAAAUGAUAGUGAAGUAGAAACCGCUAUUAUACUUCUUGCAAAAAGAGAAGGAACUAGAUGGACGCACACAAACAUUAUUAAGGGUGCAUUGUUAUCUAUGAUAAUUAACUCGAAAUUUCCGAGCACAUAUCGAGCGUUUUCUUUAUUAGGUAAUUUGAUGCGUGUAUUCCCAAUAGAAGAUACAAAUAAUUUAGUUGGUCAAAUUGUAGAACAACUGUGCGAUUUAAUCAAUUCCGAUGAAGGAUCGGAUGAGCAAAAAGAAGGAGUUUUCUCGGCAUUGUUGAGUUUAUCGAGGCAUAAAUUUGAUGAAGUGAUACAGAAUACGUUAAAGUGGACUCCAUCUGUGCCAUUGCAUGAUCGAACCAUGGAACAGAUCAGUGGAUUAUUUAAUGCGCGUGACCCAGAUUUUUGGAAAGCUUAUUUAAGAAAAAACAGACAAUUGUUCGUUAUUUCGAAAAAAAUAAAACAUAAUGCAUAGUUUUUUUAAUAUGAACAAAUCGGGAAAUCAUGUGAUAUUUAUUGUAAGAUAAUUUAGAUUAUUCAAAACUCUGAAUUUUUCCAUUAUUCUUAAACACAUUUAGGUUUUUCUGUUAAGGUUACGUUAAUCUCGAAUUUAUUUAAUUUUUUUUAAUCAAAGAUCGUGUUAUUCUAUUAAUCACGGCAAUUAUUAUCAGUUCUUUUUAUGACGUUUUGUUACAUGAUCCUAAAAAACAGAAAUAAUGUUUCCUUUGUUAUUUCUGCAUGCAUAGUUUAAAAGUGUAACAAAUUACUGACUCUUUUAACUGACUCUGAAAUUCCCUUUUCUUAUUUGUCAAAUUGUAUGAUACUUUAAGUAAUAAUUUUUUUAAGUAUUGUAUUAUGUAUGUAUAUAUUAUACGUGGCAUAUAGAAGACUAUGCGAAAGAGAACUCCAACUGAUAACAUAAUUUUGAUAAGCCAAAGAAGCCAUUUCGUACAUGAAAUAAACAUGCUUCCAUAAACUGAUUAACAAAGCUUUGUUUGCACUUAAUGUUUCAUGUAAAUGUCUUUACUUUCUAUUUCCUUUUAUUUUA